AUGCUUUUGCUCACUCUGAUCGUUUUUUCCUUGACCACUGUACACAGCACAAGCCGUAUUUCAGCGCCUGAUUUUCAAGCUGUUAACUUUGCUAAGGCAAAAGAGAUGCGAAAAUUGAACGGAAGCGUUAUAAAGCAAGUUGAUGUGAUGUCAGAAAAUGAGUGUAGUCUUCAAUGCAUCUCUGAUGAACGAUGCCUCCCAUACAACUUUGGGAACAAAAGGAACAAAUCAGGGACAUUCGUGUGUGAGCUGAGUGACUCCGACAGAUUUCUUGGCUUUGGUAAUUUUAAAGAAGAUGUCAAUUUUACGUACAGAGGAAUGCAGGUAACAAUCGCUGCAAUGGCAGAUGCUGCGCUGAGUUUAAUCUAUUAUUAUUAUUAUUAUUAUUAUUAUUAUUAUUAUUAUUCAAUCGUGCUAGUUUCUCUAAAUCAGGAAAAUCCCGCUUGUAAAAGAAACAAAACCUUAUUCGUAUGCUAUGUCAACAUUAUUUUCCACUUUCUUAUUUCUAAAAAGAUCGCGCCUAAGAAAGAAAAAAGAAUUAAAGGUAAAAAAAAAUCUGAAAAGCCCUCAUUUUUUCUGCAGUGAUUUUAUCGAGUGAGCACCAUAAAGGCCUUUUGAGGAAAAGAUUAGAAAACUGUUUUGAUAUUAUACUCUAGAAUUUGUUUUAUCAGUAGUAAGGUGUGACUAACAUGGCAAUCAUUCCGCUGUUUGAUUAAGAUAGUUUCCUUAGAUUUGGGGAAUUCACGCUAGACGGAUAAAUUAAGAUUGAUUACCUUCAUGUUUUCACAUGGAGACCGGAAUGUCAGUCAUAAUAUUUUGGAAAAGGACGAUAAACACCUUUUGAAUAGAAGCUUUUUUUUCUCUUCAGAAUGAAGAAAAGACCAUCUUUUAGUUGCCUCGAUCACCUAAAUAGUUCUCCAAGAUCGAACCCACAAUAAAGAGCAAAUACAUACCAAAAUUACAUUCUUUUAUUAACAUAGUAGCACUUACGUUUUUCUACUAUUAAGACUCAACAAAGCGUUGCAUGCUUUUCGGACAAAUUAGCAUGAGAAAGCGAUACAUGUCGAGAGUCCUAUGAAAUAAAUGAAAGCAAUUCAUACAACCACCUGCUAAUCUCUCCCGAAUGUUAAGAUAUAAAAUUAAUUUAGGUCAACGGUUCAUUCUGUAGGUACCGAGGCACAGAUUACGUACAACAAAAGAAAUACCGUAUUUCCUCGAAUAAUAGCCGGGGGCGAUUAUUCGAGGGUGGCGAUUAUUUCAACUACAUGUAUUGCUCACUGGAAGUCGUGCAGUAAAUAUUCAAAUAAACUAAACAUUGGCUUUUUAAGUGUUCCAGUUUGUUUCCUUGGGUUCAAUUUCAAUAUCCUCGGUGUCAGAGAUUGAGUCGUCACUGAUUAGUUUUGUAACUAUUCAGUUGUAAACAAUCAGUAAAUGAAAACUUGUUCAUUACUCUAGGUGUCAAUCUUACCUUGACGGGGAGGGAAUAAAAAAAAGAGAAGACAGUGAAAAGGGUGGGGGGAGGCGAUUACUCGACGGAGGCGAUUAAUCGAGGGACGGCUAUUAUUCGAGGAAUACAGUGAUACAACCAAAAAAUAAAGCCCUCAGGAGAACUCUAUUGUUUGGUUCCUUUGUUUCUUUUGUGAUGACGGUACCUGCAGAAAGACACAGGCAAACCUAAAAGCAGAGCUCCCAAAGGAAAACGCGCAAGGUAAUUAAAUCAAUUUCUGAACCCGAACUGGAAGAGAUAGAGCCACACAUUCUAUGAAAAAAAAUUAUUACAAACCAAUUAAAAACGCUUGUUAACGCUUCUUUUCCAGCAGAAAAUCAUACUGUGAAACAGUGCAUCCCGAUAUACUUAAACACACUUUAACAUUCAUAGCAGAUGACCUGUAAGUUUAGAAAACCAGCUUUUCUCUUAAUCUAGCAUAACUUUACCACUAAUUUUAAAACAUAGUUUUUCAUUUAUAAGUGCCUGACAUAGCCUAAUUUGAUUGAAAAUAAUGCGGCCAGAAUAUUACUCACAUUCGGCAGUCGAAGAGAUGUUGUACCUGGAGGAAAAGUAGUAAGAUUUAAAGCACCUUUUUUGUUUUCAUUUAUUUAUCUAGUAAUUUUUUUUAUCCUCUAAAAAGGCAAUUUGCAGUUUAAGACUAAGCGCCUUUGAAAGAGUCCAUGCAAUAUAAUAGGAAAAAUAGUCUUGCCGUUUUCAGGGUACGCAACUACUCUUCUAAAGUACAGCCGAUGUUCCUAUGAAGGCCCGAAGUAAUAUUUUUCCAUUGUUGAAAGCACUCUCUAAAACAUACAGUAAAAAUGUUAAAAUGUCCAUCCACUAAAAAGUUGAAGUGUUUUUGAAUUUUGAAUUCUCGUCAAUUUGUUACUAAUUGCACUUAAGCGGGAUUUACUGUGAAAUAAGGCCUUCAUAUAUCAUUAUGGGGUGUUCCCCUUCUUACUCUUUAUUUGCCUUUUUUUGCCUACAUUCACUGAGCUUAGAGAACCUUAUUCUCAAAACAGAGUAUCUGUGAGUCCAGCAACCAUCUUUCAUGUGGAAACAAAGGAAUUUGCAUCCCAGACUACUUCAGGAGCAGCUUUGAAUGCAAGUGUCACGCUGGAUAUGUAGGGAUACCUUGCAGUAAGUAAUUCAAAAAGGACAGAUGGCAAAUUGUUGCUGCUAAAAAUAUCUACAAGUCGUAGCCGUCCAUCAGUAAGAUGCCCAAAUUUUUUUAAUUCCACAGUUAGUUUCGGCUCCAAAAAACCUAUACCAAUAGUAGAUCAGUGAGGAGCCACCCACAAUGGUUUAGCAUGGUUAGGUUGAAAAUGCAUAUAUACGAGUUAUGAAACCAAACCAAAGUAAAUGCAAUGCGUUAAAAACGAUCUAAAUGCACACAUGAAAUAAAGAAAAAAAAUAAAGCAGUUGCAGGCAGUUGCACAUAUUAAAAUUGCGCGCGCACACACAACUUACACCGACUGAAAGAAUCCUGAAAUAAUUAAAGUAACAAAGGAAAUGGUGUCAGUACUCAACCAUUGAAUGAAAGUCUCAUCUCCCACAGUGUGAUAGCGCUAUCUAUAUCCAUAGCGCUUGAAUAAUUUAUUAAAGGAUUUGACGAAUAGAGUGGACGUCAAGAUCUUUGUUGAUUAAGACGGGAUAAAAUUCGGCGAAGUCUGAAAAAAAAAAAUAUAUUCAAAACAUCAUAGGCGAGUUUGGCAGAGCAAAAAAGUCUCUUAGACUUUUAAAAAUUCCUUCUUAGUCGCGUGCUUUGCUUUGUCAAGCAUACGUUGCUCGCUUUUGGGUUACUGACAAACUUCCCUCUUAAGGUGUUUCAAUACAAUUUUUCGGGAACCUGAUGCCGAUAUUUUUCAAUUGCAUUAAAAGUGAUUUUAUCCUUGUCCGAUCGCUAUAGUAUUUCACCACUAACUGAUUGAUUGAAGGUGUCAAAAUGCAAUGUUAAGCAAAAUCGAUAUCACUAAGAUAACAAUAAACAAAAAACUUUGAAAUCGAUAAGAGCCGAAUUUAACGCGAUCUACACCUGCUACUAAAAAUCUGACACCAGGAACUUAAAGUUUGUUGUUUAGCAAAUGACCUUUCUUCAGCUCUUUUGGAACAAAAUAUAUGAUUUUAUAAAGACCCUUGUUCGCUUCCUGACAAAGUCUUCAACGAUCGAAAGUAUUAAAGUUACGGAGAUUAAAUUCCUCUGAUCUUUGUAGGAUUAACUGGUCUCCAGGUAUGACUGGCUGACUCUUUCUAUAUACUUUCAGAGGAAAUGAAAAGCUGCUUUGAACUUUCUAAGAAUGGAUUCACAUCAAAUGGCGUCUAUUACAUCAUUCCAGAUGGUGGUAAGCCAAUACAAGUGCUAUGUGACAUGACUACAGAAGGUGGAGGCUGGACCGUUUUUCAGAGACGUUUAGACGGUUCGGUGGAUUUUCAGCUCGACUGGGAAUUCUACAAAAAUGGGUUCGGUGAUCUUAGUGGUGAGUUCUGGCUUGGAAACAGCAAUCUUCAUCGACUGACAGCCAAAACUGAUGUUUUACUUAGAAUUGACCUGGAGGACUUUGAUGGUAACAUUCCGUACGCUGAAUAUUCCACUUUCAAGGUCGCCGACGAGGGAGAUAAAUGCCGCAUUUUGCUUGGAGGAUACAACGGCACAGCUGGUGACUCGAUGGCAGGUACCUCUUUACAGUCCCGAACUGCAAAGUAAGUAUGAUUGCAACUGAUGUUUGAAGCCUGGAAUGAUUCAACACUCCUCCUCCUCCUCCUCCUCCUCCUCCUGCUUCUUCUUCUUCUUCUUCUUCUUCUUCUUCUUCUUAUUAUUAUUAUUAUUAUUAUUAUUAUUAUUAUUAUUAUUAUUAGAUUUCUUAAAAUACAGCUUGAAUUAUAUAAUUUUCGGAAGGGUAAAAGCCCGGGGGGUACUCUAGGAAUUUCUGGGUGGGGAUGUGCCGCUGCGACCCUGGAACCCUUAACCUAUACCAGAGCUAGUUCAGCUAAAUUUUGCUACCCUAUACUAGAGUAAACUCCCCAAAUCCCCCCUAUCCUAAAGUAGCUGUUUCCCUAGUCUAGAUAAAAUCUUCAACCAACUGAUCAGUUUCCUGAAAAAUGAUACCCUAUUCUACACCCAAACUCUCUGAUUUAUAUACCCUAUCCUAGAGUAAACUGCUUGAAAACCAUAACCUUCACAGCGGCACAUACCUAUAUAGCCCAUAUAUGGCCCCCCCCUCGGGGGGUUUAGCUUGUUUCUUUUCCUCUCUCAUUCAGUGAAUUUGAAAAGAAAAACACAUAGUUACACUUUUAUACACUUCAGAGGUUCAACCAAUUUCAGACCUUAUCGGGCAAAUUCUAUACCCAUUUUCAGACCAUAACAUCAAAAACAUCUCAAAACAUAUAAUCUUUGCGCCGCACCGUAAAUUCUACAGCGAAGUUUUCCCUGGGGGAUGAGCUAUUUUCUCCCGGGCGAGAGAUGAGCAGGAUCAAGACCUUUUCUUUUAUUUCUCGACAGUAACAUGCAAUUUUCAACUAAAGAGAGAGAUAAUUAUUUAUCUAGGAUCAACUGCGCGGUGAGACACAAAGGAGGAUGGUGGCAUAACAAUUGCUGUUGGGCAAAUCUUAACGGCCUAUAUUACGGUGGAGAAUAUAGUAGCAAAUACGGCGAUGGAGUAAAAUGGGUGACUUUAAGAGGACAAUUUUACUCAUUCAAACGUACUGAAAUGAAAGUAAAACCCAAAGUGUAAAUUAAAAUGAAGAGCAUAACACCUCGAUGUUGUAAUAGUUUAGAUAUGAAUAGAUUAGUUACUUUUUAUUCAAGACUCUCCAAUGUUAUUCUAAACGUGCGUUGACUGCUCAGUCUCUGUGGAGUGAACACCCACAGGAUUUCUGCUAGUGUCUUCCGAAAAAAAAUGUCAGAUCAACUGAAUAUAAUUAUAUUUUUGAGAAGAGGAGGCUUGAACUCACUGGAGCUGUUUCCCGCUUGCUACUGGUAAUACUAGAUUCAGGCGCGAGAAUUAGGAGGUCUUCAGUCGUGUGACCGUCGGGUUUCCUAGACAGGAAUUCAGGCCUCCGAUUAGCAACCAAAGACAGAACAUACAACUCGGAUUUGAAUUAUUUUAACCCCAACUUGAAACUAUUUUUUCUCGUGGCUUCACCUUGCUCCUGAAUGUUUCUGAGCUGUUCCAAGUACUCCCGAGCUCAUUCUAGUUAUCAUGGAAUAGUUUUUCUUCUUUUGUAGGUUUUUAUGACAUGUAAGGUGAAUUUCGUGGACAGAAAAUUCUGCGCGAAUGUUUUAAAAUCACAUUAUCCCUAUUGUCAGAGUAAAAUUCAGGGACAUAUAAGAAAUAUUGCUCUAUAUUCUUAAACUAUAACUUUAGCCGCGUCUUGUCCAGGCCAGGUGAGCCAGGUAGACCCUAGUUGACCCAGACUUACCAGGAUUCAACAGGAACUGAAACCCUGGGUAAGCCUAGUUUUGCAAAGUUUUUUGGGUAAGCAUGGUUAAAAUUUGAAAUUCUGGCAAACCACAUAUCCACUCGAAAAUAUAAAACCAAAAUUUUUGGUUAGUUUGGCAUUCCCAGGCUUUCGUAGUAAGCCUGGUUAAAGGUACUCAUCUGAAAAGCUGGUUAGACCUGGUUGGAUUAAAGCCUACGAAGUUUAUGUUAGCAACCCUGGCCCCUGGUUAUAGUAAGUAAUGCAAGACAUAUAAGCAGACGGCAGGCCUAGUUUUUGGCGGCUCACCUGGCUUGUGAGCUCAGUUGGAGUUCACAUGAAAAGCUUCGUAUCUUAAAGCUAUCAGCUAGUCAGCUAAUGCUAAAAGUAUGUCAACGAGCCAGAGCUAGCCUACCAUGCAGACCUUACAGUUUCGCCAGGCGUUCCCCACGAGCCUGUUCGUGGGGGAGCAACGAGUGGCAAAUCCCUAACAUAACGGCUGCCUUGGAGGCUAGGCCCUGAGAGCAAACCUGGAGGUAGAGCGUUUUCCUCCGUUCCGCUCCAAGAGAGCUUGCUCGUAGGCUAGAAGAAUAUGGCUUUGUGUAUUUAUCAUUUUCCCAAUCAAAUGUAUACGAAGUAGAUGUAUUUAACCAAGGAGCUCUAAGUUGAGGAAAAACAAAACUGGUCCAAAUUAGCGGGUGUCCGCAUUAAUAGGGUGCUCCCAAAGCGGGUUUCAUUAAGCAUUUUGAAUUAAAGAGAAGCUAUUAGAAAAUGCACUUGUGGGUUUUACUUGUCUUUACCCCAAAUGUUAUUGGAAUAAGCCGUAUUUCAACGCCUGGUUUAAAAGCUGUUAACUUUGCUAAGGCAAAAGAAGGAAGGAGGUUAAAAGGAAGCGUUAUACAAGCAAUAGAAGUGGAAUCCGAAGGCGCGUGCAGGCUUCUAUGUGUCAAUGAAGAGCGAUGCCGUUCUUACAACUUUGGAAUUACCAUUAACAAAGGCGGGGGCUCCUUGUGCCAAUUGAGUGAUUCCGAUAGAUUUGCUGAGGCAGGUAACUUUACAGAAGAUGGCAACUUCAAGUACGGAGGGAUACAGGUAAUAUCUCUUCUCUCAACACCGAUAAUGGGAAUUGUUACACCAUCUUACCUAAAUUGAGCGCACAUGGUUUGUUUUUACAUCUGUGGUCCCAGGUUAAGGAUCACAAUUAAGACGCAGAAUACCUUAAGUAACGGUACGAAAUCAUGUCCUCUCAAGAAUGAGCGUUUUAAUGAUUAUAAGAAGGAUACAAAUCACGAUGUUAAGAAAAACUUUGCAACACAUUUAACUUUUAUAACUUUUAAUUAAAAAAACCUCGAAAACAAUUGAAAAUGAAGUGAUUUAAGCUAAAAUAACUAAACGAUGGUUCUAUAGUUUGGUCUAACGCAAUUCUCUGCGAGUCUGAACUGUACACCAAUUUGUGCACUGCAAUUUGUGUUGAAAAUCAGUUAACUUCAACGGAGAAAGCUGAGAACGUUUUUAAGUGUUACACCUGCACGAAAGACGACUUGUUUGCAUUAUCAAUAAUGCAAGAUGUUUUACUGAACUCAAGCAGUUAGCUUUUCUAAGAAAAGUUUCAAGAAUAACGAAAUUAGCUUUGCCUUUACCCAAUUCAAUUAAAAAUUUCAUUCGAAAUAAAUUAACACUUAAAAGUUGGUUUUAAGUUGUUGCAGUUCUUGUUUUUGUUGUUUUGACCCUUGGUUUGCGACCACGUAAAAAAAAUCAUCAUCGUGUUGGUGGCAAUGUUCCUUCUCAGUCAAGUGAAUGAUAAGAUUUGAAAAGUGCGCGAACAAUAGCCUCGACGGUUCCAGAGUCGUUUGCCAUGACCUUUGUUGUAUUCUCUGCAGAGUGUGUGCGAGUCCAGCAACUUAAACCCUUGCGGCGACAAAGGUAUCUGUAUCCCAGACUACUUCAAGGACAGCUUUACAUGUAAAUGCGACAAUGGUUAUGGGGGAAUACCAUGCGGUAAGUGUCAAAAGCCUCGCUACCUCGGCUGGGUGUUACUUUUUGAUGGUAUGUUAUCCAUUCUCGAUUUGUGGCUUAAAGGAUUUCGUAGUCAUUUUAUAGCAAACAAAAACUUUGUUUGUCGAGUAAGAACGUUCAAUAAUAAUUCAUUGCAAAAGAAUUUAUUAAUGAAUCUAAAAAGAGCAUAAGCCACUGUCUAGAUUUCUAUGCGGCCUAGUGACUCUAAACAAGAAUUAGAAAAGUCGGUUUGAAAUGUAUCUUUAACACCCAAAUUAACUUAUAAACUCAGAACCUAAACCCAAAGGGGUUAUUUAAAUCUUAAAUCUCUCAUUCAGUGACAAUGAAAGACUGCUCAAAACUUGGUGAGACCGGUUUUUCAUCGAGUGGCGUAUACUACAUCAUUCCAGAUGGUGGCAGCCCCAUGCAAGUGUUCUGUGAUCUGAUCACGAACGGUGGUGGUUGGACAGUCUUUCAAAAACGAUUAGAUGGCUCCGUUGAUUUUUUUCGCAACUGGGAAUCAUACAAAAAUGGGUUUGGAGAUCUAAAUAAGGAGUUCUGCCUUGGAAACGACAAUCUUCACCGUUUAACAUUUUCCGAAGAUGUCAUGCUUAGAGUUGACAUGGAGGACUUCGACAGUAACAUAAAAUACGCUGAAUAUACAACAUUUCAGGUAGCUGACGAAGCAGACAAGUAUCGCAUUUUGAUUGGAGGAUACAGUGGUACGGCUGGUGACUCGUUGACAUAUACCUCCGAGGUGAACAAAAUCGCAAGGUAGGUUGGAAUCCGAGGAAUCUUUGCUUAUGGGGUCCGGAACCCUGGAAAUCUUUGCUUUUGGGGUCCAGAAUCCAGGGCUUCGGAAAAUAUCACAAGCAAUCUGGAUCCCACUAGUGACUGUAAUCUGGAAUCCAAGUUCCACUGACAACGAAACCGGAAUCCAGUAGCUGGAAUCCGGAAUCCUCCGCUUGGAAUCCAGAAUCCAAGACUAUCUUGGAUUCCUUUACAAGGGGCCAGGCACGCGAAUAAGCCCGAGAGAGACAUUGCACCAUCCAAGUCUAUUGUGGAUAAAAAUACAUCUAAUCUAAAUAUGUGAAUUAAUUUUCUCCACAGUAACAUGCAGUUUACAACCAAAGACGCAGACAAUGAUCUUAGUCCCAUUAGCUGCGCCCAAAGACAUUCCGGAGGAUGGUGGUUUAGCAGGUGUAGUUCGGCAAAUCCCAAUGGAUUGUAUCAUAAUGGUCCUUAUAGCGGCCAAUAUUCCGAUGGAGCAAAAUGGGUCACGUUUAGAGGACAUUUCUAUUCAUUGAAACGCAUUGAGAUGAAACUAAAACCUAAAACGUAAAAAUCUGAUUCCUUCAGAUGUCAAUGUGUUACGAUAACAUUUUGAAACGAUGUAUUCUUAUAUAGAUGUGAAAACCUUUUUAAAGAUUAAACUCUAACAAAUGUUUUGAACGGUUGGGGUCUCUUGGUUUAAUUUUAUACUAAAUGGUAAGGCGGUGGACCUUCGUAAAGUUUAUGGUUUGUUCUUGUGUUUGUUUUCCAAAGGAAACAACUAUAAACGCGAUCGAAUUUAUUCUAAGCGCAAACCAUUUCUUUAUUCGGCUAGUAAGUAACCUUUGCAACAAACCUUUCAAAUCCCAUCGAGUAGCUUGGUAGCCCACUUCUUUAGCUGUGGUAGUCCACUUCUUUCGCAAUGGUUAUCCUCUUCUUCAGCUAUGGUUGUCCAAUUUUAUUACCUUUGCUAGCCCACGUCUUUGGCAAAUGAUAGCAGAGUCAGACAGGGCGUGCAGACAUGUUUUUUGUCUUUUUGCCAUUUUCAAAUCUCCCAUAAUACAGCUUUUUGUUUAUUGUUGCCAUAGUGAUAUCGAUUUUAGUUAAAACUACAUUAUGACAAACUUCAAUCCAAAAUCAGUCAGUGGUGAAAAUGUCGUAGCGAUCGAGCAAGGAUAAAAUUACUUUUAAGCUAAGGCGAUUGAAAAUUAUCGGUAUGGUCUCCGAAAAAGUAUAUCGAAACACUUCACCGAAACCGGACUGACCGCGCAUGAAAAACCUCUGGCACCCAGAGUAACAGGUAAAAGGCCAUUUUAAUUAAAAAGGGCGAAACUUAUUUUUUUGGCCUUCCUAUCUUUUCACAAGUUUUAAAACUAAAUGAAUUAACUUCAUGGAUUCGCAAACAUGUGUCAUCAAUUUUACUAAUUUAAUAAGAGAACCCUACUCAAUGAAAAAUCGGCAGGUGUCUUUGUUGAUUGGAUAGACCUUUAUUCUAUGGAAGUUGUAUUUGGAUCACAGACGCGUUAGUCUGGGGGCCUUAAAAUCCAGCGACCGGUUCUUUGGCAAACUUCAUUCUUAGAAAAGCGAAAUAGAAGCCGGCCCCGCCAUCAAAAAUGUUUUUUCUACAUCUAAUCGUUUUUUUCGUGACAACUGUACACAGUACAAGCCGUAUUUCAGCACUUGAAUUUCGAGCUGUUAACUUUGCUCAGGCAAAAGAAAGGCGAAAGUUGAACGGAAGCGUGAUAAAGCAAGUUGAUGUGAUGUCAGAGGAUGAGUGUAGUCUUCAAUGCGUCGGGGAUGAACGAUGCCUCUCUUACAACUUUGGGAAUACAAGAAACGAAUCAGGAACAUUCGUGUGUGAGCUGAGUGAUUCAAACAGAUUUUUUGGCUUUGGUAAUUUCACUGAAGAUGACAAUUUUACGUACAGAGGAAUGCAGGUAACAAUUUAAUUUAACUGUCUUAUUUUCCUUUAAACAGGAAAAUCCCACUUAUAAAUGAUUUCGCUAUUUGAUUGAGAAAGUUUCUCUAGACUACUGGGCGAUUUCACGCUAGAGAUAAUAUAAGAUAAUUCGAUUACUGUACUGUUUUCACAGUGGCACCGUAAAUUCGCUCAAACUAUUUCAGGAAAGGUUGAUCACCGUUCGAAUAGAAGCUUUUUUCUUUCUUCCCUUCAGAAUUUAGAAAAUACCAUCUUUUAGUUGCCAAGAUCACCUUUCGUAUUCGCCAACAUAGAAGCCAAAAUAAAGGACACAUACAUUAUUAACACUCCUUCGAUUUAAUUGGGACUCGUUCAAUAUAAUUGGGACUAAUUGGUGUUAGCUGUUAUCGCCUGUUACCAGCCAUUAGAGCCAAUCAGGAUCAAAAUUAUCAGUUUGGGUGAGAGUUCGUCUAAUGUUAUAAGAUAACAAACUCAUUACAUCCAGAUGAAUAACAGGAUAAAUAAUAAUAAAUAAUAGCACACUAAAUCCAAUCGCAAGUUUGUCAGAAAAUAACGGGAUAAUAUGCUACAUUCCACAAGUGUGAAUUUGCCCAGUAAGAUAAAAAUCUAUUUCUUGACAAGUGUGCAUAGUUCUUGUAUGAGUACAUACUAGGAUGCUGCACACAUAUAUGCACAUUUCAAUUCAUUCGCUCCCGUGAACUCAUUUAACUUUUUUGGUGUUUAUUUAUUACAAACGUGAAAAAUUUAUCCGUUUUCAAAUAACCGAUAAGCUUGUUAAACUAGCACCAAUGAAUCUGUGGACUGUUCAGGAAUAGAACAAGAAAAUUAAAAAUUACUUGAUGUCUCGAACUUGGAAGAAGUGUAACUUGUAACAAGCAUCCCUGAUAAAAUAAACUGAAUGAGAACAGAAAACAGAACAGAUCAGCACUGCCGAAAGUUUAUCAGUUAUCAAAAGAACGUCAAAUACAGACCUGGACGGACUCUGCGUCGCAUUAUCAAAUGCCUUUAAGUUCCUUUUUUGCUAAUACAAGCAUUGUCUUAGGGAUGGAUAUGGUCGCCGGUCUUGUAAAAAUUGUUUUCAGCAGAGGCUGAUUUUUUAUUAGAUUCUAGUUUGCCAUCAAUGUAUUUUUAAGAUCUUGUACCGCUGGGUGAUAUGUUGUAACGAAAAGCAAUAGCCUCUCUUGACUUUUUUGCUUUUGUUUUUUAAUUCGUCGACCUUUAUAUAUCUUGUGUUGGAUACCCGCGUACCGCUCGAGGCCUUAUUUAAAGCUCGCAAGGCACUCAUCAAAUAUUUUGUUUUUUGGAAGAGUUUUUUCAAAGCAAUCUCAUUGCUUUGAAGCCUCUUUUUACUCCCAGAGGACGGCACGAGGUAAAGUGUGUAUAUUGAAAGGUUUCAGCCUUAUAGUGGGUGUUAAUGUCCAAGAUGGAUUUCUCUGUGAAUAACUCACCUUUGAAAACUACGUGUCAAGGAAAAUUGCUUUGUUCUCUGAUAUUUCGGCCGUGAACAUCAUUGUGGAAUGGAAUUUGUUUAACAAAAAGUUCUACGUCUUUUCUGUUACAGUCCCCAGGGACAAAACGUCAUCAAUGUAACGAUUCUUCAAUCUUGGCUUGGUAUUGCUUUGUUGGAUUAGGAUUGUUUCAAUCUCUGAAAUGUAGAUGUUCACAAAAAUGCUGUUUUUGUGCCCAAUUGCAACCCCAUGGGCUUGGAGAUAAUUUUUUCCAUUAAACUCAAAUGCGUUUCAGUCUGUUAGGAUUAGGCCAAGCAUUUCCCUAAGGUAGAGUUUAGGGAUCGGAGGAUCAUUGUUGAGAAACAACUCGUACACUAUGGUGUUUGCUUUCCCUACAAUUUCCGUUCCCUCUUCUUGCGGUAUGUUCGUGCAUAAGAUAGCAACAUCCAUUGAUACUAAAAUAGCAUCUUGACCUAUCUUUCUUUUUGCCAUACAAUUUAUACAAUCAGUAGUAUCCAAGAUGUUUAGAAAAACUUUGCAAAACAUGUAACUUUUAUAACUUAUUUUUUAACCCUCGAAAACAAUUAUAUGUUGAAUAGCAGCCAUGUGAUUUAAACUAAACUAGCUAAAAGAUUGUUGUAUAAUUUGGGCUAACGGCCAUUCUGUGCGAGUCCUGAGCUGUACACCAAUUCGACCUGCCAGGCAAUUUUUAUCGAAAAUCAGUUAACUUCAAUGGAGAAGGCUGAGAAAGUCUUCUUAAGUGUUACACCUGCACGAAAGACGACUUGUUUGAUGCGUUACUGAACUCAAGCAAUUAGCCUUUCUAUGAAAAAAUUCAAAAAUUAGUAAAUUAGCUUAACCUUUCAAUUUAAAAUUUCAUUCUAAUUAAGUCAACACUUCCAAGUUGGUUUUAAGUCGUUGAAGUUGUUGUUUUUGUUGCUUUGUCCGUUUUUUGCGACCAACUGACAAAAUCGCCAUCAUGUUGGUGAUAAUGUUCCUUCUCGGAAUGAUAAAAUUUGAAACGUGCGCGAACAAUAGCUUAUAGGUCUUAUGAAAAAAACUGUUCCAGAAUCCGUUGUCAAUGAUCUUUUUUUAUAUUCUGUAUAGAGUGUGUGCGAGUCCAGCAGCAAAAACCCGCCUUGCGGCGACAAAGGUAUCUGUAUCCCAGACUACUCCAAAGAAAGCUUUAGAUGUAAAUGUGACGAUGGUUAUGAGGGAAUACCGUGCGGUAAGUGUCAAAAGCCUCGCUACCUCGGCCGGGUGUUACUUUUUAUGUAUGGUAUUCUCAAUUUGUGGCUUAAAGGAUAUUGCAGUUAUUUUUUAGUAAAUGCAAACUUCGGUUUUUGAACUAAAGCGUUCAAUAUAACAAUUCGUCGAGAAAAUUAUGGUGGCCUAGUGCCCGUAAACCAGAAUAAGAAAAACUUGGUUUGAAGUGUAUCUUCAACUCCCAAUUAAGUUAAUAAACUCAGAAUUUAAAUCCAAAGGGGUUAUUGAAAUAUUAAAUGCCUCUUUCAGAUACAAUGAAAGACUGCUCAAAACUUGGUAAGACCGGUUUUUCAUCGAAUGGCGUAUACCACAUCAAUCCAGACAAUGGAAGCCCAAUGCAAGUGCUCUGUGAUCUGAUCACGAACGGCGGUGGGUGGACAGUCUUUCAAAAACGGUUAGAUGGCUCCGUUGAUUUUUUUCGCAACUGGGAAUCAUACAAAAAUGGGUUUGGAGAUCUAAAUAAGGAGUUCUGGCUUGGAAACGACAAACUUCACCGUUUAACAUUUUCCGAUGAUGUAAUGCUUAGAGUUGACAUGGAGGACUUUGAUGGCAACAUAACAUACGCUGAGUAUACAACAUUUCAGGUAGCUGACGAAACAGACAAGUAUCGUAUUGUGAUUGGAGGAUACAGUGGUACAGCUGGUGACUCGUUGGCAGAUGACUUCGAGAAGUGGAAAAUCGCAAGGUAGGAACGGUUGUGACUAGAAUGGAUACUUUCAAAUCAGGUUGGACACCUUAUGUUUACAACACAACGUUAUCUCUAUACGACGCUAUGCUAUAUUUACGCGAAUUUAUUGGGUACGAGAACUCUUAGAAGAGUAGGAGACAGUUGUGCAAGGAAAAGAGUUGAAUACAUGGUUUAGCAGCGAAGUGCAGUAAUUAGGAUUAAGCACUGUUUAAAAACGGUUAGCCUUCAAUAGUGUAAUGAUCAAUGACAUGUAAAUUACGUCAAAAUUAACUGGCCUCGGAAGUUAGCCCUUGACGGUGUGGUGGAUACGGAUAUGGAUUAUACAUCAAAUGACGCGGGUUCAAGUCCUACAUACUACCUACUGUUUUCUUCUGUUUUCUUUCAUCUCUUAUUUACUAUAAGACGCCUAUCAUGUAUUUUGAUUGAAGAUGACAACAUGACUUUGUGACAUCCAUUCUAGUCACAACCAACGCAGGUACAAAGGUACAAAGCAGUGGCGGAUUCAGACCUUUAGAUAAAGGGUGGUGGCCGAUCAUUUAGACCCUCAGAUAAGGAAGGUCGGUCUCCAAAAAAAUUUUUUCCGCCCUUCGGGCCUAAUUUUGGUCUAAAAACAAGCGCCCUAUGUAUAGUAAUCCUGAUUUCAGAAUCCGGGAAAUUUUUGCUCGUGGAACCCGCAAUCCUGGACAUUGGAAAAUAUCAGAAACAAUCCAGAUCCCACUAAUGACUGAAAUCCGAAAUCCAAGUUUCGCUGACAACGAAACCUGAAUCCUCGGCUUAGGAUCCAGAAUCCAAGACUGUCUUGGAUUCCUUUACAUGGGUCGAGACAGGCGAAUAAGCCCGAGAGAGACUUUUCAACAUCCAUGUCUACGGUGGAAAAAAAAUACAUCUAGUCUAAAUUUUCGCAUUGAUUUUCUCCACAGUAACAUGCAGUUUUCAACCAAAGACGCAGACAAUGAUCAUAGUCCCCACAGCUGCGCCCAAAGACACUCCGGAGGAUGGUGGUUUAAUAAGUGUAGUUUGGCAAAUCCUAAUGGAUUGUAUCAUAAUGGUCCUUAUAGCGGCCAAUAUGCCAAUGGAGCAAAAUGGGCCACGUUUAGGGACAAUUUUAUUCACUGA